AUGGCGCCGACCGCUUCAGCUACGGCCGGUGCAAUUGACGAGACACCUGAGGAGAGCAUGCCGAUGGACGAGAGUGCUGGUCCAGCCUCUCCCCGACUUCGUAGAGACUCUAUCUCAUACUCACAAGCGACCACCGAUGCCAAACCGGCGCCCUCACUGCCAUCACCCGAGAAUUCGCCGCCCGAAGCGCAGUACACCUCGCACUCAUUCGAAUUCAAUCCUCAAAUACCAGCGACAGCACGCGCCGUAGAUCUGGAUGGCAUGUCAAUGAUGCCGAUCGCUCUGCCAACCUCAUCGGCCUCUGACAGUGCGCUAGAUCUCAGUCUGGGCCUCGACGAUAUCACAAAUGGACCAACGCACCAAGGCAGUGCAUUUGAUUGGGGCAUGGAAGCCGGAUUACUGUUCAAAGGGAUCAAAGACGGCUGGACAACUUUUGACGACUGGAAACAGAGCCCGGUAUUGCAGAUCUUGAAAGCCGUGGACCAGUUCCUAUUUGUAAAAAGUGGCAAGAUGGAACGGUUGGCGGCUAGCUAUAAGAGUUUCAAGCUUUUGAAGUACUACCUAAACCCGACCAAAGAAGAACUCGACAGAGUACCAACGUGGUUGCGCCCUAGCGCCUUACAAUCCUCGACCCACCACCCCAUAGCCAUCGACAUGUUCGCCUGGCCGUCCCUUCGCAACCGCCUCGUCCACCACCACCACACACUCUUCCGCAAUAGCAAACUCUCCAACGCCUAUGCCAACCACUUGCGCUUUGAUUGGCCCUUCAGCUUCGAAGAUACUUUCUACUACGAUGAAGGGAUUGGAGGCUGGUAUCCGAGCCCGCUGUUUGAGAGGUACCACGGCGAUGUGAGGUGCUGGACUGUGGGGGAAGCAUUCUGGGAAGGAUUGGAGGAGUUGAGGGGGGAUAUUGAGGGCUGCGUCGCGUGA